AUGUACCUAUGGCUAGCAUUGCUGAAGGAUUGGAAGAGUGGAAGCAUAAAAGGAUAUGGGGUAAGACUGCAAAGAAAAAGCCGUGUAGAUAGUAAAACCGGGGAGUCUAGGCAGAAGGAGUACAAAGAAACCCAUUGGGAUCAAAAAAGGCCGAAAGCCCAAACAAAAACAAAACCCUAUAGUCAGCAACCUUAUAUUCCUACACCGUCCCCGAAUCCUAGUCCUCAAAACCCUAAUCCACACAACUCCAGUGAAGAAACCAGCGGUCCAAUGCCACCGAAGUUCGAUCCCUCGCAGGUGGUGGACGUGUUCGUCCGCGUCACGGGCGGCGAGGUCGGUGCGGCGAGUUCCCUCGCCCCGAAGAUCGGUCCGUUGGGACUCUCUCCGAAGAAGAUCGGUGAAGACAUCGCCAAGGAGACCGCAAAGGACUGGAAGGGCCUCCGUGUGACGGUGAAGCUCACCGUUCAGAACCGCCAGGCCAAGGUGACGGUGGUGCCCUCCGCCGCCGCGCUUGUCAUCAAAGCGCUCAAAGAACCCGAGAGAGACAGGAAAAAGACUAAGAACAUAAAGCACAACGGAAACAUCUCCCUCGACGACGUUAUUGAGAUCGCGAGGGUGAUGAGUCCGCGCUCCAUGGCGAAGGAUCUGAGCGGAACCAUUAAAGAGAUCCUUGGCACUUGUGUGUCGGUUGGGUGUACCGUCGACGGGAAAGACCCCAAGGAUCUGCAGCAAGAGAUUACCGAUGGCGACGUUGAGGUUCCUCUUGAAUGA